AUGGCUGCCACCACCAGCACCAACACUCCGCUCUUCCCCGCCUCUCUCAUCGGCCCUGACGCGGCAUCGGCCUUUCCGGCAGGCUAUGAGAUCCGUCCCCUCCAAAAGGGCGAUUAUGCCAAGGGCUUCAUCGAGUGUCUGCGGGACCUGACAUGGAUGGGAGACAUGACCGAGCCCCAGUUCCACGAGCGCUACGACGAACUGGACACCGGCGGCAAAGGACCGUACUACUACCUCGUUGUUGAGCACGCUGGUCAUAUCGUCGGCACUGGCUUGGUUCUCGCCGAAAAGAAAUUUAUUCACAAUCGCUGUACCGUCGGCCACAUUGAAGAAAUCUGCAUCGCCAAGGACCACCAGAGCAAAGGCUUGGGCCGGCUGCUCAUGAAUGCGCUCAACUCUGUCGCUGACAACGCCGGCUGCUGCAAGACAAUACUCAACUGCAGCGAGAAGAACCAAGACUUUUACAAGAAAUGCGGCUACGAAGGCUCUGGCUUGGAAAUGGUCAACCACGUCAGAGGGAAAACGGCGCCGCAAUGA